UUUGACAAGUCACGUGACAAAUUGUUGACAAACUGAAAGGGCCCAACUGAAAGACUGAUAGGACUUAUAUCGAGCUAAUUAUGAAAUGUUAUUUGUUGUUCUUUUGAACAAAUACAAAAACGACUUUUUCUAGCACUUGUAUAGCAUUAUCUGUAUCUUAUUAACAGCUCAUCCCACUGAGGAAACAGCUUCACCAGAAAAUUGCAAUGGCGGAGAAAAGUCCAUCCACGGCUGGUCAAGUAAAGAUUGGCCAUUACAUUCUUGGUGAAACACUAGGAACUGGAACAUUUGGAAAGGUCAAAAUUGCAACACAUUAUAUCACUAGUCAUAAGGUGGCUGUGAAGAUUUUAAAUAGAAACAAAAUAAAAAGUUUAGAUGUUGUGUCUAAGAUCAAAAGAGAAAUACAAAACCUCAAGCUGUUUAGACAUCCACACAUCAUCAAACUGUACCAGGUGAUAAGUACUCCUACGGACAUAUUCAUGGUGAUGGAAUAUGUGGGAGGAGGUGAAUUGUUUGAUUACAUUGUCAAACAUGGAAAAUUAAAAGAACCAGAGGCCAGAAGAUUUUUCCAGCAGAUAAUAUCAGGAGUAGAAUACUGUCACAGACACAUGGUUGUACAUAGAGAUCUGAAACCAGAAAACUUAUUACUGGAUGAUAAACUUAAUGUCAAGAUUGCUGAUUUUGGUUUGUCAAAUAUGAUGCAGGAUGGAGAAUUUUUACGAACAAGUUGUGGUUCACCUAAUUAUGCUGCUCCAGAAGUCAUAUCAGGAAAAUUGUAUGCAGGUCCUGAAGUAGAUAUUUGGAGUUGUGGUGUCAUCUUGUAUGCUUUAUUGUGUGGAACAUUGCCGUUUGAUGAUGAACAUGUUCCAACAUUGUUUAGAAAAAUCAAAUCUGGUAUAUUUGCUGUCCCUGACUAUCUUAACAAAGAAGUAGUUGGACUUCUGUGUAUUAUGUUACAAGUAGAUCCACUCAAAAGAGCUACAACAGCACAAAUCAGAGAGCAUGAUUGGUUUAAGAAAGACCUACAAGAUUAUUUAUUCCCAUCACCACAUGAACAAGAUGCAUCCAUUGUAGAUAUGGAAGUUAUAUAUGAAGUGUGUGUGAAAUAUGAUGUAAGUGAAGAAGAAGUAGAGAGAGCCUUGUUGAAUGGUGAUCCAUAUGAUCAACUUAGUAUUGCAUACCAUCUCAUACUAGAUAAUAAAAGACGUCAAGAUACUUCAAUGGAUAUAGAUGUCAAUGAUUUUUAUCUGGCAGCCAGUCCACCAACAGAUUCAUUGCUGUCUCGUUAUACACACUUGGUUGGUUCCCCACCAACACAGGAUCAAGCCACUAGUCCUCUACGGCCACAUCCAGAAAGAAUGCCAGAAUUGAAACAUACAUCACAUACUUUAGAGCCUUUACUAGUGACUGCCAACAAAUCUCAGACUCCACCUAAAAAGGCAAAGUGGCAUUUAGGUAUAAGAUCACAGAGCAAACCACAGGACAUUAUGCAUGAGGUAUACAGAGCUAUGAAGACAUUGAAUUAUGAAUGGAAGGUAAUAAACCAUUAUCAUGUUCGAGUUCGGAGGAAGAACCCAGUAUCUGGUAGAUUUUCAAAAAUGAGUUUACAGCUAUAUCAGGUUGAUCAGAAGAGUUUCCUUCUUGAUUUCAAAAGUCUGAACUCGGUAGAAUUGAGGGAAUCGUCAGUAGCAUCAUCAGAAUCUUCCCAGAGUUCAAUGGCACACAGUUUACCAGCUACACCAGCCUCAUUUUCAGAUCUAGUGAUAGUGAAGCCUUUUGUCUCGGCAGGGAAGGUGACUGAAAACAUUCCUCGUCAUCGUAAAAUACUAUUUCGUAAUAUUGAACGUUUUCCUUGUUGUCGUUUACCGUAUACUCCAUUCAGUAUACUUCCAGAUGCUUCACAAGAUACUGUAUUAUUUAUGCCUGAAGAAAAUAUGGAAGUUGAUGAUGAGCCAAUGAAAACACAUCAGACGUUAGAAUUCUUUGAAAUGUGUGCUGACCUCAUAACAACAUUAGCUCGAUAAGGAGUAUACAGAAACACUGUCACAAAAUAUUAUACUGUCUUACAGAAAAGAAUGUUCAAAGAAUAUGACUUCCAUCUUAGACUGCCUUAUGAAUGGAAACUUUUGAUUCAUCUUUUCUAUAGCUGAAUGAAAACAGGUAUAUGCUAGGAGUUCAUCAUAAAACUUCAGAGAGAUACAUCCUAGCUGUUGUUCAUGUUAUAUUUCUUCAGAUAACCCCCAAAAAAAAACAUAAAGCAAGACAUGACUUUUACAUAAAUGAGAGUUUACAAAGCACAUUAUUUAUUAAACUUGUUGUAUAUUUCAUUAUUUGAAAUGAAGUACACAAUGUAUUUAAUGUAGUGUGUAUUGCUAUAAGUUACAUCUAGUACAUAAUAUAUGAAAUUUAGUCUGUAUAGUUGUUAUAUUAAUAUGUUAUAAUAAAUGUAGUGUGUAUAACAUUAUGUUUAAUAAAAUGUACACAAUACAUAAAUAUAGUGUGUAUUACAUUAUAAAAUGAAAUGUUAUCUGUAAUACAUAUGUAAGGAAGUACUCUUUUACCAGUAAUCUACUCUAUUCAUCAAAUUUCUUUGGCAAAUACCCAAAUUUCUUACAAAUCUCUAUUUCAUUCCUCUAAAUGCCUCGUUUCUAAAAGUUCUCAACGUAAAUAGCAUUUAACAUUCUUCAUAUUUUUCAGGAACCAUGUUAUUGAAAGCUUUUUUUAUUCUGUGAAAAAUAUCUAAAAUUAUGUUUGAAUGAAGACAUGUUGGGUGUGUCUCCCUAUGUGAUUUGUACAAAACCACUUCUCUCUUUGUGUAUUUGUAUGACCCAGCCAUUUGAAUAUUUAUCUCUUUUAAUGAAUAUCUCGUUGAUCGUGUUGAAGUGUAAAUAGAUAAUAAAUUCCAUUUUUUAAAUGUUCUGCAUAUGUGCAAUUUAACACAUAGUUUUUAUGAAGAUAUUUUGUUUGUGUACUUUAGCUUAAGAUAUUUUGUUUGUGUAGUUUAGCUUACGUUAUGUUGUUUCUGUUAGUGUCUUAUUUGAGAGAGAAAAUGUUGAUUACUAAAAAUUUUUAGUCUUUUUUCCAAAUGGAUCUAAAGCCUGUUUCAAAUGAAGAUGCAUAUAUUUUGGUGAGCUUUAUUUUUUAUUAAAUGACAACAGUGUAAGAGUUUUACUUAGUUAGGUCAAUCAGACGUGUGUAGCUUUGAAUGACUUGGUAAAAACAUGCUGAAUGUCACUCAGUAGUUGUGUUAAAAUAUGAAAUUGACAGUGUUGAUUACAGUUCCCGAAUUUUCUGAAAGUUUUCAGUGCUAGUUACUUCAAGUGCUUGUUUCUGAAAAACAAUAUCUUUUGUUUUGUUAUUAUGAAUAGGGCAUUUAUGUAAUCAAAAUUUUAAUGUAAAAAUGUAUAUUGACAACAUAUAUUAAACAGAAUUGGUAUUUA